GCAGGCCUCGGAACGGAUUUCGGGUGUCGCGCUAGCAGAGGGCUGGCGUCGGCGGCAGCGGCUGCCCCCGGGUGAUCUGGACCCCGGCGCGGCGCUCAACCGUCCCUCCGUUUCCACGGAGGCUGGUGCUCGGGGGCUCACCGGGCUGGGCCGCACGGCGGGAGGAGCGGGUCGUGUGCUUGGAGCGCGGGGGGGCCCGCAGUGUCCGUCUUUUUAACGAGUUGGUUGCUACUGAAAGAAAGACUGAAGAGGUUAAUUUUAGAAACCGAGUUUUGUAGCUUCUGUAGAAAAGUCAUAUCUGGCAGCAUUGGACCCAGAAUACCGCGUGUCACUCACCACCUAGAGCUGCCCCCUCAGGCUCCAGCAUGUCUGGGCCCCAGACCCCGGAGCCGCUCCUGGAUGGGCAGGGAGCCUCCCCUGCGGGCUCACAGGACGAGGACAUGGCUGAUGGGAUCCAGCGCUCACAUCGCAUGCUCAGCUUCAGCGACGCGCUUCUGUCCAUCAUCGCCACCGUAAUGAUCCUGCCUGUGACCCACACGGAGAUCUCCCCGGAACAGGAGUUUGACAAGAGUGUCCAGAAACUUCUAGCGACGAGGAUCGCUGUGUACCUGAUGACCUUCCUCAUCGUGACUGUAGCCUGGGCUGCACACACGAGGUUGUUCCAAGUUGUUGGGAAAAUAGACGAUACGCUUGCCCUGCUUAACCUGGCCUGCAUGAUGACCAUCACGUUCCUGCCGUUCACGUUUUCCUUGAUGGUGGCCUUCCCCGAGGCGCCUUUGGGCAUCCUCCUGUUCUGUGUGUGUGUGAUGGCCGUCGGGGCCGCGCAGGCGCUGAUCGUGGUCUACGCGUUCCACUUCCCCCACCUGCUGAGCCCGCAGAUCGAGCGCUCGGCCCACCGGGCCCUCUACCGGCAGCACAUCCUGGGUGUCAUUCUCCGGGGCCCGGCACUGUGCUUGGCUGCGGCCGGCUUCUCCCUCUUCUUCUACCCAGUGUCGUACCUGCUGAUGGCGACAGUCAUCUUCCUGCCCUACGUCAGCAAGGCCGCCGGCUGGUGCAGAGCCAGGCUUGUGGGCCCCAGGGAGCCCCCGGCUCACAGCCUGGAGAUCUUCACCUUCGACCAGCAGGAGCCGCUCAGCAAGGAGCGGGUGGAGGCCUUCAGCGACGGGGUCUAUGCCAUCGUGGCCACGCUGCUCAUCCUGGACAUCUGUGAGGACAACGUCCCCGACUCCAAGGACGUGAAGGAGAAGUUCCACGGCAGUCUAGUGGCGGCGCUGGGCGCGUCUGGGCCGCACUUCCUGGCCUACUUCGGCUCCUUCGCCACGGUGGGCCUGCUCUGGUUCGCCCACCACUCGCUCUUCCUGCACAUCCGCAAGGCCACGCAGCCCAUGGGGCUGCUCAACACGCUCUCGCUGGCCUUCGUGGGCGGCCUGCCCCUGGCCUACCAGCAGACGUCGGCCUUCGCGAGGCGGCCCCACGACGAGCUGGAGAGCGUACGAGUCAGCUGCGCCAUCAUCUUCUUCGCCAGCAUCUUCCAGUUCGCCAUCUGGACCACGGCGCUGCUGCAGGAGGGGGAGACGCUGCAGCCCUCGGCGCGGUUCGGGGGCCGGGAGCACGCGUUCAUGUUCGCCAAGCUCGGGCUGUACCCCUGUGCCAGCCUGCUGGCCUUCGCCUGCACCUGCGCGCUGGGCACGUUCAGCACAGCCAUCUUCCACGCCAUGCAGAUCGCCGUGCCCUUUGCCUUCCUCCUGCUGCGGCUUCUGGUGCGCCUGGCGCUGGCCGGCCUGCGGGCCCUGCGGGGCCUGCGGGGUCCGGCGCGGCCCGCACACGCCCGGCCGGCGCCUGGGGCCCUGGACGACGCGCAGUCCCCGCUUCUCCCUGCUCCCUGCUAGCGCGGCCCCAGUCCCCCGCCUGAGGUCCAAGUGUCCGGCUGGCGGCCCGGCCUCAGGUUUUGUUUUCCUUGUGAAGUUUCAUGCUCUCCUUCAGCCCCUCA